ACUAAAUUAACCCAAAAACCCCUAAAAUGGUGAUAUUUCCUUUUGCGAUCAAAUUCAUCUGCUCGGAAUCUCUCUUCCAAAUCGCCCACCAAGAAAAAGAACGCAAAACCUACACGAUGAUUCACAGAUCUCCCGCAUAAGCUUAUUCCAUGUCAUUCCAUACAAAUCCAACAUGAAUUGAUCAUUCACAAAUCUCCCGCAGAAGCUUAUUCCAUGUCAUUCCAUACAAAUCCAACAUGAAUUGAUCAUUCACAGAUCUCCCGCAGAAGCUUAUUCCAUGCCAUUUCAUACAAAUCCAACAUUUGAUUCCCAUUUUCAAUUAAUUAAGUCUUUACCACUGUAUAGAAUCUCUUGUCGGAGGCGUGCCGUACCACACCCACCACCACCUGACCACAAUCCAUUUUUUUCUGAAAAAUUCCUACCAUGGAUGCUGAUAAAAACAUAUCAUCUCUCGGCUCCGUAUGGGUAUAGCAAAAUGUCGAAGGGACUUUAGUUGCAGUGGCUUAGAAGAGAUGUUUGUCCGCGAGGUCCAUCAAAACACAGCAAGUAGGCGAUUUACACAAAACCUUCUCAGGCAGCAGUCCACCACUUGCAAAAGUCGUGCGCCCAGAUCUCGAAUGUAUGGGGGGAAGAACCACACGGAGGACAAAGGCAAGAGGGCAAUUGAAGAUGUAGUUGCAUUUCCAAACAACAAAAAGAAAAAAGUUUGUGAUUCAUCACAAUCCACAGAGUCUGUGGAUUGCAAGAUCUCAACCAAGUUGACACGUAAUGCAUAUGCUGUGAUACGUGGAUCCCUACGCUUCAACUUCAAGUAGAAUUGCAGGGAAUUGUCAUUCGUUAUUCGGAUUGGGAACAUCUCCACAUCUGCAGAAUUCCCAAUCUUGAUACAUGAACGUCACAUUUCGACCUUGCCUCAUUCACUAUCAUAUUGACAAGGAACUAGGAGAGCAAAGUACCCGUACCAUUUACUACAAAUACAUUUGCUGCGUUCAUUCCUGUACAAAUGAAAAAGAAAUAAGUUUGGAUAAAUCUAAGUUAUGUAGAUAAGAACUUGCACACAAUUUGAUGAAAGAUGGUUUCAGAUGCAGCAUCAAAGUCAUCUUGUAAGAGGAUCAACUCCAAACAUUUAUUUCAAAGGGACUUCUUUUUUGCAUAUAGACACAAAAUCAAAUGUUGACAUAAGUCGAAUUAUCUAGAGAAUAGCGUAUGUGGUGAAUAUAUUAUUUUAUCAUCGAAGCA